AUGAGCUCAACUGAAGACAUUAAAAACGUACCUGCAUCACCACCUACAACAACCUAUAAAUUCAAAGUUAAUAAGACUUAUCAUAAUAGAAUGCAUAUUCCUCGGAGAAAAACCAUUCAAAACUUUUUUGAGUUUCAAAAAAAAUGUCUUGAAAUACAUGCCGAAUAUUACCAAGGAAUUUCAAAUCUCUUAAAAGAUACCGAUGUCUCAUUAUUCUUGGCUGCACCAUCCCCGGGAAUCGAUCCUCUUCAAAUAAUCAAUGAGACAGGAAUGGUAAUUAGUGGUAUGCUUGCUCCUGGUAUGAGUGGAUAUUCAGUUAGCAACCAAAAUUAUAGUAAUAAAAGAUUAAAAAGGCAUAUUGGGGAUGAUGUUGAAAUAAGCGGUGAGGAAGCUUAUAAUUCCGAAAAUCAAAGACAUAAGCAUAGGCGAGCGCCAAGACAACUUUGGACAGAUGAUGAAGUAGAACGAUUAAAAGCUGCUUACGAUAAACAUAACGGCGAUUGGGAAUUAAUUAUUAAAGAAUUCGAACCUGAAAGAACUAGAAUCCAAAUUUUCCAAAAGGCACGCCAAAUGGGUCUUCGAGCUGUUGAAUCUGGAAAACUGAUUGACUUGUCAAAAUCGAAUACGAUUAUUGAAUAUCAUAAUUCACAAAUGUUGGGCAGUGAAAAUAUUGACGAUGAAGGAGCUGAAUACGAACAAGAAAACGCUGAUCACGACCCUUGGCAAGAAGAAGGCAAUGAUGGUUAA